AUGUCACUCCCUCGUCAUGGCACCACCGAACCCUUCCUUCUUCCAUUCUUUGCCUUCUCUCUUUUACACACCACUCAUGAGAUCUCUACCAACUCUUCUUUCAAUAACAACACUUUUCUAUUCAACAACAGUACCAACAACAACAAUUCGACACUCACUCCCUACACCAAAAGUCAAAAUAUUGUCUCUCUCACCAUUGAUGGCAUCACUUUUCCAGUGUUUUCAUUCCUGGUUUGUUUCAAACUUUUUCGUCUCUUUAUGAGAUGGAAAACUUUGGUGAAAAACAACAAGUAUUUGCAGACUUUGAUUAUUCCCUUGUCGGCACUUCAAAUUUUGGCAAGUGCCUCUGGCAUUGCAACAGCAACUGCCAAAUUAGUGGAAGCGAGACAAGUUGUUCCUCAAGUGUUGCUCAUGAUUAAUUAUGAAUGUAUUGUCAUUACUGCUGGUCUAUGCUUUUUGAGUCAAUGUCUCACCACCAAAGUUCUCUAUGAAAUCUAUUACAAUCCCAAACGAUUAUGGAUGCAGAAUGGAGAAUUUGAAAAAACAAAGAAUCAUCAAACAGUGAUUCGAACCUAUUCCAUUGUGGCUGGUGUGGCCACUGUUGGAAUGCUCUCAUUACUUGUUCCAGCCAUUUUAAUUGCCUUGACAGUUCCUUAUUAUGGAGAAAACAAUCCGUCUUUUGAUGUGGAAAGUGCUGUCCGUGCAUCACUCUAUAUAUUCUAUGCCUCAAUUGCCAUAUCUGGAUUGAUCAUGCUCUUUUCAUGCAUUAGUGGCGUGAUCAACUUUUAUUUGACCAACAUUUUAACCAAGCAAUUGUUGAAUGAUGAAAUGGGAAAGGUCACUUCGAAAAGAAAGAAGGCUCAACGAACGAUAAUGAUUGCCAUUUCUCUUCAAGCAUUUUUGAACUUGUUGGUGAAUAUUGUGGUCAUUUUGGCUUCAGUGUCGGUAUUUGUGGAUUACUUUAUGUUUAUCUUUGCUUAUGGUAUUCAGAGAGUGGUGGUGUUUUUAUUCACUUUUGGAGUUCGAUUCAUUUAUGGCCCCUUGGAUCAAUUAGAAGGAAAUAUAAGCAAGGACAUUAAUGUGAAGGAAGGUCAAGAUUGUUGGGAGACGAUGAUGUCUGCUCUUUGCUGUUGUUGUGGUGGAGAGGCGAACACACAAAAGAAGUCAACCAAUGAAGGUGGUAGCAACACAAACACUUUGCAAACCUCAAAUGAAUUGAAAGAAGUCAAUCAAUAA